AUGGGCAACACGACGAGCGCAGUCCUGGACAACAUCGUCCAGGGCUCCAACUUCGACAGAGAAGAGGUUGACCGGUUACGCAAGCGAUUUAUGAAGUUGGACAAGGACAACUCUGGCACUAUCGAGCGCGACGAGUUUCUAAGCCUACCGCAAAUCUCAUCCAACCCCCUGGCAACACGCAUGAUUGCCAUCUUCGACGAGGACGGCGGCGGCGACGUCGACUUUCAAGAGUUUGUGUCGGGCCUCAGCGCCUUUAGCAGCAAGGGAAACAAGGAGCAAAAGCUGCGGUUCGCGUUCAAGGUCUACGACAUCGACCGCGACGGCUACAUCAGCAACGGCGAGCUCUUCAUAGUACUCAAGAUGAUGGUCGGCAGCAACCUUAAGGACCAGCAGCUGCAGCAAAUCGUCGACAAGACAAUCAUGGAGGCCGACCUCGACAAGGAUGGCAAAAUUAGCUUCGAGGAGUUUACAAAAAUGGUGGAGAACACCGACGUCAGCAUGAGCAUGACUCUCGAUCAGUUUUGA